CCCGUGCCCAUCCGGCUCCGGGGUCAGCGGCCGCCGCUCUGGCGGGACAGGGACGAAUAAAGUUUAAUUCGGGAAGGGAGAAGCCGCCCGUCCUCUCCAGAAACGAGCUGCUGGAUGUAGAAGGAAAGUAGGUCGGGCGCACGGAAAAUGCCUCUGAGGGACAAGUGUUGUCAGACUGACCACCAUCACCAUGGAUGCUGUGAACCAGUGUAUCUUUUGGAACCUGGUGAUCCUCCAUUAUUGCAGCAGCCUCUGCAGACAUCAAAAUCUGGUAUUCAACAAAUCAUUGAGUGUUUUCGAUCAGGAACGAAACAACUUAAACAUAUCUUGUUAAGAGACGUGGACACCAUUUUUGAGUGUAAAUUGUGCCGGAGUCUCUUCAGAGGAUUACCAAAUUUAAUUACUCACAAAAAGUUUUAUUGUCCUCCAAGUCUUCAGAUGGAUGAUAACCUCCCACAUACAAAAGAUAAGCAGAGUCAAGCCAUAAAUGACCUUCUUGAAGCAAUCUAUCCAAGGGUAGAUAAGCAAGAAUAUAUAAUUACAUUGGAACCUAUAGAAACUAAUCAAAAUGCUGUAUUUCAAUAUGUGUCAAGGACUGAUAGCCCAGAUGAGAACACAGAAAGUAGCCAUACCCCCGAUCAAGCUCCAGUGCAGAUCCAGGAACCCAGCACUGAGCAACCCAAGACUGUUUCAGCUCCAGCCCCAGUCCCAGCUGGGGAUACUCUAGAGCUACCUCCUGCUGAUCCUGUUACAAACAAGGUGAUAUCUACUCCUGAAGAACAGCCACCAGUGGUAAAUCCUGACUUGGACUCUCUGGAUAAUUCUGAUUAUGGCCACCAAUUGAUUUGUUGCCUCUGUAGGAAGGAAUUUCAUUCAAGACGCAGUGUACGCCGGCACAUUCGAAAAGUACACAAAAAGAAGAUGGAAGAACUAAAGAAGUAUAUAGAAACAAAAAAGAAACCAAACCAAUGCUCUGCAAGAGGACGAAAUAAGAAUGUUCUUGUCGCAUUAGGUAGGAGUUGUCCUGUGUGUUAUAAAUCAUUUGCUACAAAAGCCAAUGUAAGGAGGCAUUUUGAUGAAGUUCAUAGAGGAUUAAGAAGGGAUUCCAUUACUCCUGAUAUAGCUACAAAGCCUGGGCAACCUUUGUUCUUGGAUACAGUUUCUGCUAAAAAAUCUCUUAAGACCAGAAAACAAAAGUCGUCUUCAAAGGCUGAAUACAAUUUAAGUGCAUGCAAAUGCCUUCUGUGCAAGAGGAAAUAUAGUUCACAGAUAAUGCUGAAAAGGCAUAUGCAAAUUGUUCACAAGAUAACUCUUUCUGGAAAGAACUUUAAAAGAGAGAAAGGACCCAACAAUGCUACCAAUGGCACAGAAAUACAAGUUGAACCAGCAGAUUCUGUAGAACCUUCACCCCCUUCCAUUGUGCUUUCUCCACAGAAUGAAUUAAAGGGAACAAAUCAUUCAAAUGAGAAAAAGAACACACCGUCAGCACAGAAAAAUAAGAUUAAACAGGACUCUGAAAACCCUAAAUCAACCUCUAAAUCUACCACUAAAUCAACCUGCAAAUCAACCACUAAAUCAACCCCUAAAUCAACCAAUGCAUCUGCUGCAGGUGGCCAGCAAAAAGCCAGGAAGCCAAAACUUUCAGCUGGCUUUGACUUCAAGCAGCUUUACUGUAAACUCUGUAAGCGCCAAUUUACGUCUAAACAGAAUUUAACAAAGCACAUUGAAUUACACACAGAUGGAAAUAAUAUUUAUGUUAAAUACUACAGGUGUCCACUGUGCUCCUACGAAACGCGUCGCAAGCGCGACGUGAUCCGACACAUAACCGUGGUUCACAAAAAGUCGCCACGCUACCUUGGGAAAAUAACAGCUAGUUUAGAAAUAAGAGCAAUAAAGAAGCCAAUUGAUCUCGUUCUAAAUAAGGUGACAAAAAGAGGCUCUCAGAAGGAUGAAACAAAACAGAUCGGUUCAAAACAGGAUGUCACCUCUAAUUCUCCCAAUAAAAAGUAUGAAGGAGCUGAUGUUGGCAUUGAAGUGAAAGUAACAAAAAACUUUUCUCUGCACCGAUGUAAUAAAUGUGGGAAAGCAUUUGCCAGAAAAGCUUUUCUAGAACAUCAUAAGAAAACCCACAAAGCAAAUGUAUCUCAUUCACCUGAAGAAAGUAAAACCAAAGGCAGAAGUACAAGAUCUAAAGCUGUUGUCUGGUUCAAGUGAUGUUCGGAAAGUUUGAAGUUCAUUUGAAUGAAAAGGACUUUAGUUUGUUGGUGGAACUGCUAACUCUUGAUAAUGGUACUAUAAGGAGGAAAUACUUUCAUAAGCUGUUUGUUUUUCUUACAAUAUUAAGAAUCAUUCUGACUGCUUGUGGGACAGUACCACUUCCCAAAGCACUGAAGUAGUUGAAGUGAAAUGCACGUGGUUCUAAAUUAGCAGUUAUCUCUAUGUAGUUGUAGUUUGACCCAGAAUAGAACAAACUUCCUGAAAUUGAAAAAGAGUACACCAGAGACCAGUUAAUGAGCAGCAGCUUUGGAAGAAGGUGGAUUUUCCUCAUUUAGGAAAUCUUCAGAAAAUUCAUCAUGCAUACUGACCCUCCCUGGCAGUGCUAAUUGAUGGACAGCUCAAACUUUGAUGUGAUAUUCUACUUUGGUAAACGUUGUAUUAUACACUGUUUUAAAUUUAUUACAAAUGAAUGUAUAAGAGCAAACAAUGUAGUGUUUAUUGGCUGAAUUCUGCUAAUUUUUAGUAUUUGCCAUGAAUUCAGUUUGUUCAUGCUGACUAAUUUCCCAGUUCAAGGACAUUCUGAAUUUCACUGUGCUAAGUUGCUUCAAAGACCUCCAUUUUGUUUCCAUAUGUGGUUGACAGGAAAACUUUGUAAACAUCUAGAAAGUUUACAAGAAUAUCCACAUUCCUCUAUUCUUUAAUUUUUAAAAAAAUUAUACACAAGCACUUUAAUGAUAGUUGCAGUUUAUUUUUUCAGUUUAUUUUUGAAAGAUCAACACACUAAUGUUAAUAUGAAGGUAGUGAAUAUUUGCUGAUGUAUUAUAGACAAUCUGUGCACAACCACUUAUAAUGUUAGCUUAUUUCAUUAAAUAUUAAUAAAAAGGGAGGAUAGUUUGGGAGAUACUCAAAAUAUAUUUUCUCUCAAAAUCAUAAAUGACCACUGUGGGUAACACUUGACUUUGUGUAAUUGGAAAAUGUUUAGAUACCCUUUUUUUUAACCUUUUAAUCAAGAUUGUAGUAAAACAGUUGCAUGCCUACCAUUAUGAAGUUCUUGGCAGGUUUCAUGCAAUCAUGGGUUUUGUUUCAGGUUUUUUGUUUGUUUGUUUUUUUUAUUUUUUUAUUUUUUACCUUUUAGAAAAUAUUUUGUUUAGUGAUUUGUGUCAAAUUGCUACAAUUUGAAAGGUAUUGUACAUCAGAUGAAAUACCAUGUUUUUUAUAUCGGUUCACUCCCUUACUUAGGGAGGUGCCUCGUGUUCAUAUAUACUUUUUUGUAUAAAAUAUAUCUAAAUGUUGAUCACAAGAUCAGGAGUAAAAAUACUUUUAUGGAUAGAGAACUAUUUGGCCCUGUUAGUGCAUUGCACUAAAAAUACUGUGAAUGGGAACUAAGAUUGUAGCUUUGCUCAAAAUGUUCUAUAUUGAAUGUACAUGCUUUUGUUUGGAUAAAUGUGUACUGUAUUUGAUGGAAAAUAAAGCAGACUGGAAAUUAUUUUUAAGUGGGCAUAAACAAAAAGAUGUUGUGUUUGUAAACUUGGGAUAUCUAUCACUCCACAGUUAGAAAUUACAUUGUUUGCAUUUUGUAAAGUUUUAUUUGUUGAUCAUUGAAGCUAGUUCUUUGUAGUCUUCUGUUGUAAUAAAUAUUUUUUUUUUCAAUUAAAAAUUUGGCAUUUGUGGGGUGAACACUUCA